AUGUCUGAGUUCAACAUUACCAUUCCCGGCGUCAACACCAGCGACCCCAAUUUCGACUAUGGCGACUACUGCACACUAGACCUUUGCCCAAUCGAACUAGCAAAUUUCACCUAUGUGCCGACACUUGCAGGCAAUGCCACCUAUCUAGCCAUAUUCGCCGCCCUUUUGCCUUUCCAGCUAUUCUUCGGCAUCCGCUACCGGACAUGGGGUUUCCUCGUCGGCAUGUUUGGCGGCCUGGUUCUCGAAAUCAUCGGUUACGUCGGCCGAGUGCAGCUUCACUUCAACCCAUUUCCCUUCGACCCCUUCCUUGAAUAUCUCAUCUGCCUCACCAUCGCACCAGCCUUCCUCAGCGCAGCCAUCUACCUCUGCCUAGGCCGCAUCGUGGUCGUGUACGGCGAGCACAUUUCGCGCAUCGCGCCGCGCACCUACGCCAUCAUCUUCGUGUGCUGCGACCUGCUGUCGCUGAUCCUGCAGGCGGCCGGCGGCGCCAUCACCGCGACGGCCGACAAGGACCAGCCCGACCUCAGCGACACGGGCAUCAACAUCAUGAUCGCCGGCCUGGCCUCGCAGGUCGCCUCGCUCGCGGCCUUCAUCGUGCUCUGCGCCGAGUUCGCGUGGAGGGUGUACAGGAACAAGGAUAGGCUGAAUGAGAGCUUUGCGGGGCUGAGGAAGACGUGGUUGUGGAAGCUGUUUUUGGGUGGCAUCGCUCUUGCUACCACGACCAUCUUCAUCCGUUGCAUCUACCGAUUGUUGGAGUUGAACGAGGGUUUCAACGGCGAGUUGGCCAACGACGAGGUGUUGUUCAUGAUCUUGGAGGGCCCGAUGAUCAUCAUCGCUUGCGUCGCCUUGACCGUCUUCCAUCCCGGUAUCUGCUUCCGUGGGAGGUUUGGCGAGGCCAACUGGGGCUUUGCAAAGAAGGGAGGCGCGAACAAAGAGGGUGGGUUUUCUGAGACGGAUGAGGACAGAUCAUAG